AUGAGUCGCCCAGAGAUAAGUGCUCCCCCGCAGGAAUUCUACAACGACAACGAAGCUCACAAGUAUACAUCUUCAUCUCGCGUCAUAGAAAUACAGGACAGACUUACGGAAAGAGCUGUCGAGCUCCUUAACUUUCCUAAGGACGACCUUCCUCGUCUCCUCCUUGAUGUCGGCUGCGGCUCUGGUUUGAGCGGGGAUCGCCUCACCGAGCUUGGCUAUUCCUGGAUAGGCAUGGACAUCAGUAAAAGCAUGUUACAGGUCGCGCAAGAUCGCACCAUAGAAGGGGGCGUCAUCCAGUAUGACAUGGGCCACGGCUGCCCUUUUCGGCCCGGGAUCUUUGAUGGCUGCGUUUCAAUAUCUGCGGUCCAAUGGCUUUGCAACGCUGACCACCUCCAGCAAGAACCUCGAAAACGCCUGAACACUUUCUUUUCCCAGCUGUAUCGAUGUUUGAAACGCGGUGCAAAAGCAGUGUUGCAGUUCUAUCCCGAUGGUGCGAAGCAAGCAGAGUUGAUAACCACAGCGGCACUUCGCGUCGGGUUCUCCGGGGGUCUUGUAGUGGACUACCCCAACUCAACCCGUGCAAAGAAAUAUUUUUUAGUUCUCGUAGCCGGCUGUCUAGACGGCAUAUCGACAUCGAGCACCAUCCUGGCUCGCUUUGAGUCUUCAGAAGCAGACGCUUUCAAAUCGGUCAGAGUUGACAGGCGAAGCAAAGCAAGUUACGAAGGGAAAAAGCUUAGUAUGGGACAAAGACUUAAAGCACACUCCGGACACAAACACCCCAAGGGGAAAGCUUGGAUUCUCAAAAAAAAACAGCAGGCGCGAUGCAGAGGACAAGAGAUUUCUCAGGAUAGCAAAUACACGGGAAGAAAGCGGAAAGACAGGUUGUAG